AACAUGACACAUCACUAGUCUAUACUGCAACGUGGAAGUGUGGGCCAUAUAUAGAAUGGGAUGCUGAACAACAAAUGCUAAAGAGAGAUGGUAAAGGAACUUAUAUUCUCAAGAGCAUGAAUAAUUUUGAAGAGGAAUGGCUCAAAGAGAAUCUUACUAUUGAAAAAUAUUCACAAUCUCUUAUAAGAUGUUACGGAUUCACUAGAGAUCCAACUACUCAAAGUUAUAUGCUUGUUCUUCAACAUAUGGACAGUAAUUUACGUGAUUUUCUUACAAAGAAACCAGAUUUACCUUGGAAAAUCAAAUUUAAGAUAGUCAGAAAUAUCUCUAAUGGUAUAAGAAAAUUACAUAAAGUUUCAAACUCUGCACAUAAAAAUUUGCAUCCAAGAAAUAUCCUAGUUGAUGAAGCCAAGUUUCAUUGUGUAAUUAGUGACUUUGAGUUUGAUUCAUUAAGAAAGUCGUCUAAUAGUAUUUACAAAAAUAUCUUGUACACUGCUCCUGAAGUAUUAUGCAAUAAGCCAUAUACAAUAAAAUCAGAUAUAUACAGUUUAGGAAUGAUUAUGUGGGAACUCACCUCUGGUAAACCCGCUUUUAAUGAUGAAAUAACUAAAUCAGAUGAUGAAUUUGCCAGUGAUAUAAUUAAUGGAUUGCGACCAAAGGUUGUUGAUGGAACUCCACAUAAUUACGCAACUUUAAUGGUUAAAUGUUGGGAUGCGAUUCCUGAAAAUAGGCCUGAUGCUAAUAUUGUUAUGAAAGAAAUGGAGUCAUUGCUUAGAAAUAUUUAUGAAAAUGAUGAUUCAAGUCGAGUAUUAAAACCCAUUCCACUUAAGAUCAAUUCUAAAACUCCAGUGAAAAAUUUUAUUAAAUAUCUUGAAAGAAAAUUUAAAUGGUUCU